AUGUUCAUUAUUGCAUAUGCUCUUUAACUCAAUAUCUAUUUAGGCAAAAUUUAAGAUCCACUCAUCCUCCCCAAUCACACUGGCAUGCUCGUUGACAUAUUUUAAGAUGUCAUCGACUCCUUUAAAACUCGCAGAAAUGAACAAGUAGAUUUGCUCUAUGUGGAUCAACCUGAUUAAGCCAAUAUAACUUUUAACUUUAUAAGAAAUUAUAAUUAAGAAAAGAGCAUUGUUCUCACUUAAGACGCAAUUCAAUUGGACUACUCCCAAUAUGAUGUAUUUCCUAUGAGUUAUGCAAGCAGUUGUCAAAACCAAUACUUACAGAAAAUUAUAUUUUUAUUUAUCCCAGUCUUGUCGUUACACUUUUCUCUAGGAUUGUAUGGGAACUCUUUUUCAAUUACAUCAUCAUUAUUUUCCCUUGGAUUAUGA